GCACCUGCUCACACAACACCUCCCACUAGAUUGUCUCUGUCCUUCAGAUCGAGCUCAUAACCAUCGCCUGGUUUUGUGUCUAGGACUAUAUGCUAUCAGAUCGUCCGAGCCCGAACAACAUCGGGACCCGUGAAGAGAGAAGCUGCGGGAGUGGUCUGGAAACUUUAGUCACGAUGAGCACGCAAACGGUCAACCUUGAUACCUACAGCCUGUCGCUGCUCACGGCCAAGGAGGACAUCCUCAACCCCCGCUCCUCCACCAACUGGGCAUUAUUCACAUAUGAUGGACUGACCAACAAGCUCAAACUUGCUGACUCUGGAGCGGGUGGCGUGACAGAGCUUGUGGGGAAGUUUCACAUAUCCAAGCCGCAAUAUGGACUCUGCAAAGUGGGAAGUGGGGAGACAGGAGGCCUCCGGAUCGCUAUGAUCAACUGGGUCGGACAGAACGUGGAAGACUACCGCAGGACAGAAUGUGCCAGCCACAUCCCGGCCAUCAAAAACUUCUUCAAGGAAGCACAUGUGUUCAUUAGUGCGGAGAAGGCGGACGAUGUGACGGAGGAGAAGAUAAGAGCCGAGUUCAGCAAGACACAGGCCCAGGCUCCUGCACAGUGGGCGAGGAGAAGCUCCAGGUCUGCUGACAAGGAGGACUUAGUGGGUACAAACUACAGAAAAACUAAUGCUGCAAUGGAGAUGAGACUAAUAAACAGAGACUCCUUCUGGGCACGUGCAGAGCGUGAAGAGGAAGUGAGGAAAGAUGAGGAGAGGAGACGAGCAGUGGAGGAGAGACGGCGCCUUGAAAAAGAGAGAGUUCUAAAGGAGCGAAGGGAUGCAGACGAGAGAGACAGAAAGAUGAACGAGAAACUACAGAUGAUCGAGGAGCAGAGAAGAAAACAGGCUGAGCAAGCAGAGGAGCUGCGCAGAAAGGAGAAAUUCAAAUGGGACGAGCAGCAGAAGGAGCAUGAGGACGAUAUGAGGGCUCGUCUUAGAAGGAGUGAGUCUAUCGAGAAAGCAGCAGAGGCAGCAGUGUUAGUGUCCCAGCGAUCCAUGAACCCUCGGGAGUUCUUCAGACAGCUGUCAUCAUCCUCAUCGCAAAGUCCCACCAGCCCCGGAUCGUCCCGCACUGGCAAACCAUUCCGACGAUACCAGCGCAGCCUUACAGACACGGCGUUCAUCUUCUCUAAGGCAGAGGAGAGCACGGCCUCCUCACCUCGCAGUUCCCCGCUGGUCUCCCCCUUCUCCCGGUUUCCUCCCUCGCCCAUCUACCGCACCACGUCCCCCCCCAGAAGCCCCGAUUUCCGCCCCGUCACCUCACCACAAAGCCCCAGAGCCCCCCUGUCACAGCCCACAUCACCUUUUCGCCCCACCCCUCCACUUACAGCCCUGCCCAGUGUCCCACAAACUAACAAACAAGUGGAGGCCGCUGUUGAGCCCAAAGCUCCGUCACCUGCACAACCCUCUGCACCCCCGGCCUCCCCGAGCCUCUUGGCUUCCUUGACCUCCAGUUUAGUAAAAAACAAACCGUCACAGGCACAUCCAGAGACCCUGCCUGCCUCACCCCCAAAUACCCCAACGCAGCCAGGGGAUUCAGCUUUCUGCUUCGAGCCUCUGCAGGUUCUAGCUGCACCUCUUCCUGACAAACCACAGCCAAACACAGACCUCAACAGUGCCUCUCCUGUGCACACUGAGCUGGUCUCAGACGUUGGCUACAAGGUACAGGCUGUACUGGUGGAGGAGGACGAGGAAGAUGAUGUGGAGGAAGAAGAGGUUACUCGACCGCAGCUUUGUGCCGUUAUCACUGAGCCAGUCCAGACUGAGGUAGAGCCGGAGAAGGUAGAAGAGGAUGGGAAGGAGAAGCAGGAGGAGGAGGAAGAGGACAAGGGAGAAGAAGAAGAAGAAGAAGAAGAAGAAGAAGAAGAGGAAGAGGAGGGUUUGGAACAAGAAGCUGAGUUUGCAUCUCAUGAGGAGUCCUUGGAGGUGAUGCAGGAGGAAGAUGAGGCAAAGAUUGAUGGAGAGGAGAUUGACCAAUCAGAGGACAGUCAGGCCCCUGCCAAGUUUUCAGAGAAAGAGUCAGCAGUGCCAGAUGCUGAGCCAGGUUGUCAGGGAAUCAAACACGAGAGUAUCAUCCUGUCGACCAACGGGAUCACAAAUGGAGAGGACGCACAGAAACACAACGGCAUAGAGCGAUCUCUGAGUCUGUCUGACACAGAGCUCAGCUCACCGGAGCUGGCGGUGUGCUAUGAUCUUCAUGGCACGGCAGAGGAGGAGGAGGAUGGUGUCAUCGAGGAGAAGGAGCAGGAGAUCUCAGAAAAUGGAGAAGAGGUUCUAACCGAGCGACAACUGUGCGUCCGCGCUCUGUUCGACUACCAAGCAGAGGACGAGUCUGAGAUCUCCUUUGAACCCGGUGACAUCAUCAGGGACGUGGAGACGGUGGACAAAGCCUGGUGGAGGGGGUGGAGCAAAGACGGCCGUCAAGGACUGUUCCCUGCCAAUUAUGUGGAGACCAUAUAGACCGACAAGAGACACACCAUCACACACACACACUCAGGGACACCAUCUCCCCUUACGUUCGUGCAUGUUUUUACCUUAAUCCUCCCACUUAAACUUUGUCCUCGCAUUAAGAGGAACUCUCAGUUCUGAUGGGUUUUAUUUUUUGAGAAAACAAAAUAUUCUCACAAGUAUGCAGAAAUUACCCAGCCUCAUUUACUUGGAUAAACUAGCUUUUUUCCUGGACCAAAAUAACUUAUUUCCUUUGAGAUACAGUAGGAAUGUUGGUGGGAGGGAUCAGAUCGUGAUGACAGAUGAUCACAAACUUGCUUUUCCUGUAGGAAACACAAUUUUUUAAAAAUAGUUCUCGUUUUGAUCCACACGUAUAACAAGCGUUCCAUUCUGCUCACUGUUUGCUUUGUGUGUUAUGUUGCUUAAAGAAAAAUAAUGUACUGCUCUUGACUGGUACACUGUAUAAUCAAGAUUCAUGUAUCAGACAUCGUGUUGUAAUCAUCUUUUCUGUAUUUCCUGAGUUAUUUUCUCUGUAUUUGUCACUGACAGUCUCACAGCACAUUGUAAUUACCCAGACCAGAGCGGCAGCAUAAAACAUAAAACAAGCAAAGGAAAAACAAGGCACUGUACUGACACCUGUAAUUCUCUCUCACUCUUUGAAGGGGCUGUAUUUUAUUCAUAUGUUAAUGUCCUUCUAUACGUUUCGUGAUUGUCCUAAUUUCUCCUAGAUCAUAAGAGAUUAAAACAUUGUGUCGAUACGCAGAUGAUAUGAAACACAAUCCUCCCGUUUUAGUUUUCUGUCACGUCUUAAUACUCUGCAGUGUAUAUAAUAAUGUAUAAAAAGAUCUAUCUUUUUCUAUACUUGGCUUGUAUGUUUGUAUGUUGUGUGCUUGUUUGACGGUAUGUAUGCUCUUUGUAUUUACUCCAAACUUACAAAUAUAUAGCUUUUACAAACUCAACUGCUUUCAAAUGUUUGUUUUAUUGUUGGAUUAUAUUAUUCAAAGUAAACUUGAUUCAAUAA